CUAGUCUUGCCUGAAAAUCUCUCGUUUUCUAUCAUUCUCCCAUCCUGCAGGCCUGAGCCCAGACCGAGACCCAGAGAAAUGUAAACAAACGCAGAGUCAGACUUGAUAUACGGGUGAAUUUGUUGCUUUUUAGAGGGGCAAUGGAUCUGUACAUGAGUGAGGUGGCGAGGGGCGUGGCCAGGGGGCGGCUAGCAGCGUGUGCCACCAGGGAAAUGUGUAUGAACAUAAAAAAGGCGCCUGUCAAGAAAGGUUCGUUCGGUGCAAGGAGUUGGCACAGGAGGCGUCUGAGGCUGUGCAGAGCGGCCGUCUGAACCUGGUGCCACAGCUGCACAGGAGGGCAUGGCAUAGCUGGCUGGACAACAUCACAGACUGGUGUGUCUCCCAGCAACUCUGGUGGGGCCACAGAAUGCCAGUGUACCACAUCACUGCAGCAGACGGCCGGGAGGUGUGGGUGGCAGCUGCUCGGAGGAAGAUGCAAGGCGGAAGGCUGUGGAGAAGGAAGACUGUGCUGCUGCAUGGCCUCCUGUGUGAUGGUGGCGGCCACAAGACAUCCAAGUCCUGGGGCAAUGUGAUAAACCCCCUGGAUGUGAUCAGUGGGGCGUCCCUGGAGGUACUGUGUGAGAGGAUGGAGGGGAGCCUGAAUACAGAAGAGGUACUCACUGGUAUCAGGAGGAACUUCCCCACAGGCAUCCCAGAGUGUGGAGCUGAUGCCCUUUGGUUCACCCUGUGCUCCACCAACUUCAAUACCUCCUGUCUUGUGCUCAUGCCCCCAUGGAAGUGUGUCUGCACUGCCCUGGUUGAGAAUCAGCGCUCUGACUGGAAAAAAUCUUUUGCGUAAGUCACUAUGUAUAUGAGGAUGAAAUAUUUUGUCCUAACACCCACCACGGGUACAAAGAUGUCAGCCACAGGGAUAGCUGAUAACCCCCUAAAUAUUUCCCACACCUUGAUCAGAUGAGCUCUUGAAUUGUCUACCCCACACUGAAUACAGACCCAGAGUAGAAAGACGAGCACUAUAAUCCACCUUGUGAAAUCCAGAAAUUUGCUCGGACCAGUGACAUUGAAACCCCUCCAGCAGCGAGAAGUCUCCUUCAUAACCUGUAUGCCACACCACUGAACAGAACUCAAUUAUUGGAUGAAUAUGUGUGAAAUAGAGAGAAAGCAUAAAUGAGGAGUCCUGGUUGACAGUGCUCUUCAGAAGAUUAGAGGCAAUACUGGAAGCUUUAUUGACACUUCUUUGAAUGUGUUGGUGAAAUUCCAAGGUGUUAUCAACCAACAGUUCCAAAUCUGAUACUGAAUCUACAAAAUGAAUUGGAUGGGUAUUGAUAUUAGUAAAUGGUUCCUGGAUGGGGUGAGGUGCCAUGACAAAACCUAAUAGCAAUUUUAUUGGUAUUUCUCCUGAGUCCCCAUGAUUUGGCUCUGAAUGCAAGGGAUACAUCUUUCUGCAUGUAGAACAAGUUAGGUUGCAUAAGAAGUAGAAAUGUCAGUCUUUAGGUGAAUUUUCACCUAAAUUGUCAACAAAGUUGACAACAAGUUGUCAACAAAAAUGUUAUGCUUGCAGGAUAAGUCACAAUCAAUAAAGUUAAUAUAGAUGUUGAA